AUGAGAAUAGAUUUGGGGGUCCUGCUUCCAGCUAUUGGUGAACAUGAAGAGCAAGCCUUGGAAACUGGAGGCUUUGACCUGCAGUUGUCAGCAAAGCCCUUUUAUAGGAAAGAGGAGGGGUGGGCAUGGUUAGUUGUUGCAGACAAGGACAAGGAGGAACAGGAGCGAGAACGCCAGCGGCGACUCUGGAACCUGAGAUUCACCAUGGACAACGAGGACCUGCCGGCCCUGGAGAGGCGUGAGGUGGGGAGAGCUAUGCAGGCAGCUCUGGACGGAGGGUCGGCAAGCGGAGGGGCUUGGAGUGGAGUCCACAUGGAGGCCAGCCAGCUGGCGUGGCAGCAUGGGGAGCAGCAGUGGAUGUCACCAGCAAGCGCCACCUCUUCGAGAAGGAGCUGGUGGGCCAGAGCCGAAGGCCCAGCCUCCAGCCACAAGGAGAACUUGCAGCUCUCAGGGGUGGAGAAGUCACGGCUCAACCUGUGGAUCAGCAGGACCCAGGAGUCAGCACAGCAGGGCCCACAGAACCAGGAGACGCAGUUGGAGUUGGCAGCUGGCAGGAAGCUCCAGUGGAGGAAGAAGCCAGAGGCCCUGCUGGAUGCCAAGAUCUCUGUGCUGGAGGAGAGGGCUGUCUCAGGAAAGAGGACAGUUCCAGACAAAGCCAGUGACUCGGAGAAGAGACCAGUGUCUGAGAAAGCCACCAUCUUCGAGAAGACCCCAGUCCCCAAGAUGCAGCCGGCCCCAGGCAGGGCCAUGACCCCAGUGCAGCCCCAGGACUGGGAGCAUUCAGCCUCAACAGAGUGCCAGUCCAGCCCCAGGAGGCAGCGGGGCACUGGGUCUGAGAAGGAGCCUGAGUCUUCGGCGGGGCCUCUGCCCUAAGCUGGCGGCUUCCCGCCUGUCACUCUGCAGGUGAGGACCCCCAGCACGGAGGCAGAGGCCAAGUCCACCUCACCAACACGGGCCUUGCCCACCUUCAGCAGCAGCCUGCAGCACUCCAGCCGCCACACCAUCUCCUUCAGGAUGAGCCCCCGGAGAGGUAGCUCAGAGGCAGCCUUAACCCGCAGCACCAGCGUGAGGCUCCCGGCCAGAUCGGUCAAAAUAGGCCUGAAGCUGGAGCAAUACCUCUCAGCCAUACAGAGAUCAGAGUCUGUCAGGUAUGCAAACCCAUCCCACACUGAGUUCCUUGUGGCUCCCAUGGAUGUCACCAGCAAGUGCCACCUCUUCGAGAAGGAGCUGGUGGGCCAGAGCGAAGGUCCAGCCUCCAGCCACAAGGAGAACUUGCAGCUCUCAGGGGUGGAGAAGUCACGGCUCAACCUGUGGAUCAGCAGGACCCAGGAGUCAGCACAGCAGGGCCCACAGAACCAGGAGACGCAGCUGGAGUCGGAAGCUGGCAAGAGGCCCCAGUGGAGGAAGAAGCCAGAGCCCCCACUGGGUGCCGAGGUGUGAGGAGCCAGUCUCAGGCCAGCAGCCGCACUGGUCUCCUCUCCUGCCCACUUUCCACACUGGACCCGAGAGGAUGCUGGCCAGCUUCCUCCAGCCCCUCUGGGGCAGGUGUGCCCCGUGCCUUGUCCGUCUGCGGGCACUGCGUGUCUGCACAGAGCCUCGCCACCCUGUCCACGUGGACUCCUGCUCUUCCUCCUCCUCUGUCCAUCAGGUCACACCAGUGUCUCCGUGCACCUCUCCCAGGCUGGCCCCCACCGUCCUUGUGCCGCCUGCCAGGCUGGAGGAGCCAUGCUGACCCCUCCCAGGCCCUGCCUUGCUCCCUUUCAUACCCCACCUGCUGCCCUGGUUAAGCCAUCCUAUGCCCCUCCCCACACUCAGGAAAGAGCUGAUAAACUCAUUCA